CCUGAGUAUCAUACUCCGUAAAUGAUAAAACAGUCGGUUGACAAUAGACGCAGAGAUCCAACAGAGUUCCAAACAGGCCUACGCAGCUUCUCUUUGCAAUCCUACUCCCAGAGCUCCGCCUUCCCCUACCUACCUCUCUCUCUUUCGAUCGUUUCUCUGGACGUUGCUGAGGCCACUUUCCUUGAGAUCGCAUCACUAAUCUCUGCCAUUCCAUCUCAUCUCCCGCAUCAUAGCCAUUAUCAUCGAGUCAAAUGCCAGACAGCUGAGCCCUGUUCUAAUUCUGCAGAUCUAAUCUGGAUUCAUGGCAUCACCUGCAGGUCAUGCACGCGAAACAUCAGUAGUUGUUGUCACACUAGAAUCUAGCGAGGUCUAUAUCAUCGUCAGUUUGCAUUCAAGGACUGACACACAGGUUAUCUAUGUUGAUCCCACAACUGGAGCUUUGCGAUUUAAUGCUAAGUUUGGGUAUGAUGAAUUUCGUUCUCAAGACGAAGCUUUGAAUUUCAUUACAAGUGGGUCGAAGUGGCUGUGCAAGAGUGUAACUUAUGCCAGGGCGGUAUUGGGCUAUGCAACGCUUGGAAACUUUGGUUUGUUACUUGUUGCAACAAAAGUGUCGGCUACCAUUCCACAUUUGCCUGGUGGAGGGUGUGUAUAUACUGUGAUAGAGAGUCAAUGGAUCAAAGUAUCACUCCAAAACCCUCAACCAGUCGGAAAAGGUGAAUUAAAGAACGUUCAAGAGUUAACUGACCUUGACAUUGAUGGAAAGCACUACUUUUGUGAAACUAGGGACAUCACCCGUCCUUAUCCUAGCCAUAUGACUUUUCAGACUCCCGAUGACGAGUUUGUUUGGAAUAAAUGGUUUUCAGUUCCAUUCAAAAAGAUUGGGCUCCCUCACCAUUGCGUCAUUCUUCUGCAGGGGUUUGCAGAUUGUCGGGGUUUUGGAAGCUUAGGGCAACAAGAAGGGGUUGUUGCUCUCAUUGCUCGUCGUAGUAGGCUGCAUCCUGGCACUCGGUAUCUAGCAAGGGGGUUGAAUUCUUGCUAUAGUACAGGGAAUGAAGUCGAGUGUGAGCAGCUUGUAUGGAUUCCCAGAAAACCUAGCCAGACUGUCCCUUUUAAUACUUAUGUUUGGAGACGAGGAACUAUUCCUAUUUGGUGGGGGGCAGAGUUGAAGACGAUGACUGCUACUGAAGCAGAAAUAUUUGUUUCUGAUCAUGACCCUUACAAUGGAAGUGCUCAGUACUAUCAGCGGUUAUCUAAAAGAUAUGAUGCACGAAACCUGUAUGUUUCUGCGAAUCAGAAAAAAAUUGCUUGGGUUCCAAUUGUGUGCGUCAACUUGCUUAGAAAUGGAGAAGGGAAGGCAGAGUCAAUUUUAGUCCAUCAUUUUGAAGAAUCCAUGAACUAUAUCAGAUCGACAGGCAAACUUCCUCACACUCGAGUGCAUUUGAUAAAUUAUGAUUGGCAUGCCAGCGUAAAAUUAAAAUCAGAGCAGCAAACAAUUGAAGGACUUUGGUACCUAUUAAAAGCACCUACAGUUUCUGUAGGAAUUACCCAAGGAGAUUAUCUCCCUUCUCGCCAACGAAUUGAAGAUUGUAAAGGAGAAAUCAGGUGUAAUAAUGACUUUGAGGGUGCUUUCUGCUUAAGAUCCCAUCAGAAUGGAAUUAUACGUUUCAAUUGUGCCGAUUCAUUGGAUAGAACCAAUGCUGCUAGUUUCUUUGGUGCACUCCAGGUUUUUGUAGAACAAUGCAGACGAUUAGGUAUAUCACUGGAUAGUGAUUUGGGCUAUGGUUAUCAAUCAUUUAACAACCAUGGUGGAUAUACCGCCCCUUUACCACCUGGCUGGGAGAAAAAAACAGAUGCUGGCACUGGGAAAACAUAUUUUAUUGAUCACAAUACAAGGACAACAACUUGGAAUCAUCCUUGCCCGGACAAACCAUGGAAAAGAUUUGACAUGACAUUUGAGGAGUUUAAAAGAUCAACAAUUUUAGCUCCUGUAUCACUAUUAUCAGAAUUGUUUCUGGUUGCUGGAGAUAUUCAUGCAACUCUAUAUACUGGCUCAAAAGCUAUGCAUAGUCAAAUUCUUAGCAUAUUUAAUGAGGAUGCAGGCAAGUUCAAACAGUUUUCUGCUGCACAGAAUGUGAAAAUCACCCUACAGAGAAGAUUAAAAAAUGCACUUUUCGAUAGCUCUCGUCAGAAACAACUAGAGAUUUUUCUUGGCCUGCGUCUUUUCAAGCAUUUUCCUUCAAGUGUGUUCCAACCCUUACAUGUUCCUUCCCGGCCUUCUGGAUGCUUUCUAAAGCCAAUUGCUAACCUAUUCCCAAAUGUUGAUGGUGGAAACAAUCUUCUGAGCUUCAAGAGGAAAAGCCUCACAUGGGUUUGUACAAAGGCUGCAGAUGUGGUUGAACUUUUAAUCUUUCUCAGUGAACCUUGUCAUGUUUGUCAGCUUCUUCUUACUGUUGUCCAUGGAACUGAUGAUUCGACCUUUCCAGCUACUGUUGAUGUAAGGACAGGGCGUUACCUAGAUGGACUUAAAAUCGUUCUUGAGGGAGCCUCCAUACCAAGGUGUGCGAAUGGAACAAAUAUUUUAAUACCCAUAUCAGGACCAAUAAGCAAUGAGGAUAUGGCUAUCACAGGAGCUGGUUCACGGUUACAUGCUCAAGAUAAUUCUAACCCACCAUUACUAUACGACUUUGAAGAAGUGGAGGGAGAACUGGAUUUUCUUAACCGUGUUGUUGCACUUACAUUUUACCCAGCAAUGGAUGUAAAAGGCCCAAUUACUCUUGGUGAGAUUGAGUUACUUGGAGUACUUCUUCCAUGGAGAUUUAUAUUUAAUGGUGAAGGCCCUGGUCUAAGGCUCUAUGAGGACAUCAAUCGUCACCACCUGGAAGCUAACCCAUUUAUGUCUGGAUUUGAGACGAAUCCUUUUGCUUCCAACUUAUCCAAUGAUGAUGUCUUGCCAACUACAUUAGCAGAUACAUCUAGCAACUCUUGGGUUGACCUUUUGACUGGAGAGAUCAGAACUGCAGAUUCUGUCACUGAGAUAGCAGGUGGAACUGUUGCACACAAAGAGGGGGAUUUACUGGACUUCUUGGAUGAUUCUAUAGUCCAACAACAUCAUGGGGUGAAUGAUGCAACCAAGGCCAUUUCUUUAGAAGGGGCUUCAGAUUAUUGCACUCGCAAGUAUAUAGAUUGUUUGAAACAUAUAGCCGGUCCCAAUUUGGAACGCAAAAUAGGUUUCAUGGAAGCUAUGAAACUAGAAAUUGAACGCUUUAGGCAAAGUCUUUCUGCUGCCGAAAGAGAUAGAGCUUUAUUGUCAAUUGGUGUUGAUCCUGCCAGUAUAAAUCCAAAUCUUUUACUUGAUGAAUUUGAGAUGGAAAAAUUGUGUGGGGUACUAAAUGCCCUUGCACUUAUUGGUCAGGCAUCCUUCGAAGAUAAACUCACUGCAGCUAUUGGUCUUGACUUUACACAUGAAACUGCUAUAGAUUUCUGGAAUGUUACUGGUAUCGAGGAAAGCUGUAUGGGAGGCAAAUGCCAGGUUCAUGCUGAAGCAGGGCGUACAACAGUUGCAUCCUCUGCAACAUUAUCUGCAUUGCCUUCACAAUCAUUUUAUGUUUGCUCUAUAUGUGAAAAAAGUGUUUGUAAAGUUUGCUGUGCUGGGAAGGGAGCUCUAAUGGUUGGAUUAUACAACUUUAAGGAGGUCACCAAUUUCAAUGGUUUAGGUAGCGAAACAGGAUCAGCGUAUGGCAGUGUAGCUGGUCUUCCUUCCAACCGUUUGACUACACAUGAUGGUGUUAUUUGUAAGUUAUGCUGCCAUAGUGUUGUGCUCAAUGCGUUGAUGUUGGAUUAUAUUAGGGUUUUGGUUAGUGAGCGAAGAAAAGCCCGUGUUGAUGAAGCAGCACAAAAAGCUAUAAGCUAUGUGCUUGGAUUUCCAUCUAUGAAUGUUCUUAGUGAGAGACAUCCGUCUCGUGAUUCCCAGAUGUGUAAAAUUUCUAGGCAAUUGAUGAACGGAGAAGAGUCCCUUGCAGAGUUUCCUUUUGCCAGCUUUCUAUACCCAGUCGAAACCGCAGCAGGUUCUGUGCCAUUCAUGUCAUUGCUUGCGCCUAUCAAUUCCGGAUCACGGGAUUCGUAUUGGAAAGCUCCAUCUAGCACAUCCUCUGUUGAAUUUGUAAUUGCUCUUAGUCAAUUUUCUGAUGUUUCUGCUGUUCUUCUUCUUGUCAGUGCUUGUGGAUACUCCAUGUCAGAUGUCCCCAUUGUACAAAUUUGGGUCAGCAAUAAAAUUGAAAAGGAAGAAAGGACUUGCGUUGGAAAGUGGGAUGUCCGGUCCAUGAUGACUUCCGAACUUAGUGGCUCAGAAAACUCGUGCAAAGUACCCAGACAUGUCAAAUUUUCAUUCCGAAAUCCUGUUAAGUGCCGCAUUAUUUGGAUAACGUUACGUCUUCAAAGAAUUGGGUCCAAUUCUGUUAAUUUUGAGAGAGAGAUCAAUCUUUUGUCCCUGGAUGAAAAUCCUUUCUCAGAGAUCACUAGACGCGCCUCAUUUGGGGGAGCAGCUGAAACUGAACCGUGCCUUCAUGCUAAAAGAAUCAUGGUCUUGGGGAAUGCACUCAAUAGAGAUAUAGGCACAUCAAAUGAAGCCACUGGCCAACUGAAUACAAACUUGUUGGACAGAGGUCCCCAAUUAAACAGAUAUAAGGUUCCUAUAGAGGCUGAAAGGUUAAUGGACAAUGAUCUUGUUUUGGAGCAGUUCCUGUCCCCAGCUUCACCUAUGUUGGCAGGAUUUCGUCUGGAUGGUUUCAGUGCCAUAAAAUCUCGGAUCACUCAUUCCCCGUCUUCAACUUACAGCUCACAGAAUGAUCUUGCAUGUCCUUUUGAUGAGAGAUUCAUAUCUCCUGCAGUCUUACAUAUUCAAGUAUCUGCAUUCCAGGAACCUCACAGCAUGGUCACUGUGGCCGAAUAUCGUCUACCAGAAGUGAAGCCCGGGACACCUAUGUACUUUGACUUCCCGAGGCAAAUAAGCUCAAGGCGUAUCGCAUUCCGCCUUCUUGGAGAUAUCGCCGCAUUCACCGACGACCAAACAGAACAGGAUGACUCAUCAGGCUACAGAACUCGCCCUGUCGCUGCCGGCUUGUCCCUCAGUAACAGAAUCAAGCUAUACUACUAUGCGGACCCGUAUGAAGUUGGCAAAUGGGCCAGUCUCUCAGCGGUGUGAUUCACCCAAGAGCCAUGCUACAAUCCCACCGAGGAUGACACCAUUAGUGUCUCACGCACGGUAAAUUUCUCACCGACAAUUACUGGCUGUGCGAAAAAUAGGUUCCGGUGUCAAUUUUGGUGUCAAACUUGGUCGGUUUCUAGUACAUUUUGUACAGCCAACACGGUCCCAAGAGUUACGCUGUGCCUGUGCUUCUGCCGCGGAUCCUUGCAUAUGAUUAUGCCGAAAUGAAGCAUGACACUGAACAUGAUGAGUUGUUUUGAUAGAUGAUUUCAUUGUAAUAUUAAGAAUAUAUAUAUUAUUAUUGGUUUAUGAUGUGUAUAUAAUAGCAGAUAUCCUCACAUUUUUUAUGAAGGUAUUAUUAGAAAGCUGGUUGUAUUUCAGUUUUGUGAACUCUGAUAUUGACUGUGUUGGGAUCGUUGAGUCGGAUGACUCGUUGAACUCGGAUUGCUUUACAAGUAGACUCCUGUGUGAGAUGCUGCUUUUUAAAUUUUACUCAGUUUGAAAAAUAUAGUACUUCUGCACUU